UUGCGCGUCGGAGCCUCACGAGCGCGGUCGCGUCCGUAGCAUCAAAAAAUACACUUCGGAAAAUAAUGUUCUAACAACAACCGCGAUAAAAAUGGAACACCAAACUCUAGAUAAAACAAUGUCUACAUCACCAAUGUUGCCGAAAGAGGGUGGGGAUGAUAAAAUGGUGAUUAUAACCCCUAGUAACGGGGUGGGGAAGAUUUUAAUUCGGGAGGACACUAUUUUGGCCAAUUUACACGGUUGUGCUGGGUGUGGGAAAAGUCAAUUUACUUGUGGGGGAGUUAAAAAUCAGUGGUCGGUGUUGUGUUGGGGGAAACAGUCGGAAAAGAAGUAUUAUUGCUUAUUGCUCCUGAUUUCUACGACGUUCGUUCUGAGUAUGAUUGGAACGAUAUUCUUUUGUUUUACGAAUACAAUCAACGACGCCAUACUCUCAAGCAUGGUGAUUCGGAAUAACUCUUUAGCGUUCAAAAUAUGGAAGCGGCCAGAUGUACAGCCUCAUAUGAAGGUGCAUAUCUUCAAUUAUACAAACUGGGAGAGAGUGAAAGACGGACUGGAUAAGAAAUUGCACGUGGAAGAAGUUGGACCAUACGUUUACUCACAACAGUUGGAAAGAGUAAAUAUACAGUUCAAUGGCGAUAAGCUUAGCUUUCAAGAAAGGAAUCACUUCCAGUUUUUGGCUGACAAGAGCAAUGGAGCGCACUUCGAUCGUGUUGUAGUUCCCAACCUUCCUUUGUUGGGAGUGAUUUCGAAAGCAUUAAGUAUGAACCUGAACAGUCUUGGACAAUUGACGUUGAGCUCCGCCAUGACUUGGGCAAAUCAUCCGAACGCCUUCGCUGAAUUACCAGUACACCGAUUCUUAUGGGGCUAUGACGACAGUAUCAUCGAUACAGCUAAACCCUUCCUGAGUCUCGGAGGGCAACUGAAAUUUGAGAAGUUUGGCUUACUUGUAACGAAAAACGGCACAGUCUCUGAAAGAUUCACUAUCAAUACUGGAGAAUAUGACAAGGACAAGAUGAACAUCAUCGAACAGUUUGAUGGGAACGACCAUCUUACCUUCUGGGGCAGUCCGGAGUGCAACAGCAUAAAGGCAUCGGAUGGGUCUAUAUUUCCACCGUCACAGCUGGACAAGACCACCACUCUCCAUGUCUUCUACCCCAACCUAUGCCGAAGACUGCCUUUUCAAUAUGAGAAGACUAUCGAGAUAGUAGACGGAAUUGAGCUGUACCGGUACAGAAUGCCUUUGAACGUGUUCGAUGAUCCUGGUCACAACCCUGAGAACCAAUGUUACUGUGAGAUUGACACCGCGACCUGCCCACCACGAGGAAUCAUCAACGUCACUGAUUGUACCAUGGGAGCCCCUGCUUUGGUGUCGUUCCCUCAUUUCUACUUGGCUGAUCCUAAACUACGUGAGGAUAUACUUGGACUGAAACCUGACCCAUUGAAACACGACUCCUUCAUCGACCUGCAUCCUACAUUAGGAAUAGCUCUCAGUGGAAAAUCUAGUUUACAAAUCAACAUUCAAGUGAGAAAAAGUGACAUGUUCUCCUCUGUCAAAUUCCUUCCUAAUGGACUUAUAUUACCUGUGGCAUGGAUUGAAAUGAGCGUUGAAGAGUUACCGGAAGGCCUCAGAUCCCUGGUCUACCACGGCACCUACUCUACAGCCGCAGCCCAACUUGGAUUAACAGUGAUAUGUGUCAUAGCAUUCAUUAGCUCCGGAGUCUGCUUACUCUGCACGUUCACUCGAAGAAAACAAAAACCCUGCGCCACAUUAAAAGUUAAAAUACCUACAGAACUCGAAUUAAAAAACCAAAUGUCGUGAAAUAGUUAAUAGUCUUUUAAAAUUUGUGCUAGCCUACUGUAUUUUCGCUUACUAAAUGAUGAUAAUGUGGCUCUCUUGUUAUUCAACCAAUAGGGAAUUAGCAACUGUCACGCGGUUGGAUGUUCGAUAUUUGACAGCUGCAAUGGACAAACAGUCCUUUGUUUAGAUCUGCGCCAUCUAGUGAGCGGAAAACGGUAACCCCCAUUACAACAUUAAUUAAACCAAAGACGGAAGAAGCCAUUUUUGUUUUUCACAAAAUGGCGGGAUUUUUUGGCGUAUAAGUGUAUUUCCUGUCACUAACAAUGACCAGAUAAUACAUAAAAUAUAUUUUGUAGUAUGUUAGGUGAGACACCUUACCUUAGAAGUAAUCCAAUUAUGAAAUAAUCCAAUCUGAAAUCUUAGUACAGUUACUUCCAAAGUACAACAAUGUAUUGUUAAUUUUUUUGUCUUCACAUUUAUUGCAAUAUGCAUUUUUAAGUGCAUUUUAUUUUAAAUAAAUCUUUUAUAAACUUUUAAAAAAAAUCUGACUUCAACCCGUUCUUUUUAAGUCGAUUAAUUAUUAAGUAAAACCUUAUCUUAUGUUUAUCAAACACUUUUCUAAAAACCGUAUCAAAAUCGGUUCAG